UUCACUCACUGCAUCAGUACGUAAACAGUAUCCAUACGUAUGCAGUCCAAUCUGACCAUAAUAUUGACGCGCUUCUAAUUCGGUUGCUAUAGAACACUUUGCUGCUGAGCUCGCGCCCUCACACUAUCACGCCUAUCCAGAGGAGCUAAGACCAACCUUGCUGCAGAGGAGGCUAGCUUUGCGGAGGUUGAAUUGCUGUGCGUUGGACACGUCGUCCCUGGUGGUGCUUUGUCAGCACGCCGCGACCCAUCGCGGACUGACGCAAGCAGCGGUACACUUGGGGCGGGCGGUCAACAGCAGUAAGAGGCUAAAUAUCGGCACCGGGCUUGUGCCAUAUCGCUGCGACGCCGAACUCCAAGUACAAACGGUGCCACAGCACCCGCUACACGACGGGCGACGUCGGUGGCGUGCCGGGAUGGUGUGGGUGUCGGCGGACGCCUCAGAUGACGCGGCCAGUAGCGUAGACUGCGUUAAGGCGAAGCCGCUUAAGCGCCGAUGCGCAGGCGGCGGCUUGGGCCGGGUGGGCGGGCUGUCCCGAUACUACAGCAGCAAGAGCCAGUCCUUCUCCUCGCUGGAACUGGUGACGCAGUGCACGCCCUACGGCACCUCCUCGCUAGCGCUCGCCAAGCGCCGCUCCAGCUUUGACUUGCAGCGGCAAGCAGCGGCGGCGACAGCAGCAACAGCGGCGGCAGCAGCGGUACCAGGCACGAGCGCGAUUGCCAAGGGUUGCAGCGUGCGCCUGUCCGGCGGCAGCAGCACCCGCCACCGCAGCAUCGGCGGCUCGCCGGCGGCGCCGUCCUCGGCCCGCGCGGUGGCGGCGGCGCGGUUUGCCAGUGCCUUCGCGGCGGCGUGCAGCCUGGCUGCGUCAUCGGGGCAGCAGCAUCAGGACGGCGCCGCGCCUCAGGUGCCGGCCGCGGGCCGGAACCUGCUCGGCGCCGGCUGCAGCUCUUCCGAUGACGAUGUUGACCUGCUGCUCAGCGGCGACGGCGAGGCCGACGAUGAGGCGGCGCCGGCGCGCGGCUGCAGUGGCGGCGACGCGCUGUGCCAUGCGGAUGACCGGGCAGCCCAGGAGGGGGACGAUGAGGAGGGCGAGGGCGACCGCUUUCUGGAGGAGGACGAUGGCGACGAUGAUAAUGACGACUUGCUGUGCGGCCCCGGCUCCGGCUCGCGGCGCUGCCCCUGCAACGACACCAUCUUCGGCGACCCCGCUGACGCCGUGCUGUCCCCGGCCGCCAGCCCGCCGCUCCAGCACGCAUCGCUGCAGGCCUACGCCGCCGGCGCUGACCUCAGCGGCGGCAGUAGCUGCGCCGCGGUGCUGGCGGCAGCGCUGGCAGCGGGCGGCGGAUGCGCUCAGCAUGGCGCCGCCGCCGGCCUGGCGGCGGCGCAUCACCAGCUGGCGCUGCAGCAGCAGCUCACGGCGGAGUACUGCAACCGACUGGCGGCGGUGCUGCUGCCGUCGGGCCACUCGGGUGCGGCUUCCGUGGCUGCUUGCGGCAGCGGCUGUAGCAGCGGCGGCUACAUGGGCAGCUUUGGCGUCCUGCCGCCCAUGGCGCCUUCGUUGCUGCCGGCCUCCCGGCCGGGAGCUGCGGCACGAUCGCCACUCCACGCCUCCCGCAGCACCGAGUGGGACAGCGGUGUGGUGCCGGCGACGUCGGCGUCGGCUGGCGGCACUGCAAUCGGCGCGUGCGCCGCCGCGGCGGGCGGGCCGCGCAUCUGGACCAGCCUCAGCGCCGGCGGCAUGGGGUCCGGGCCCUCUUGCUUGGAUAUGGGCGCCAUGCAGCCGCAGGACGGCGUCAAUGCCGCCAGCCUGGCGCCCGUGCUCAGCGCUCUUCCACCCCGCGCGCCGGCGCAGUACCCGUCGUGCGCCCUUGCAGGCCUGGCGCUGUCACAGCCCGGCUCCGGCGACUGGGCCGCCUCAAACCCGCAGUCGCAGUCGCUGCUUCAGGCAGCCGCGUCUGCAUCUUCGCCCUGCCAGAGCGCGGCCACCACCGCCACGGCAGCAGGCGGCGCCGCCACCGCGCGCACCACAGCCCAAUCCGGCGACUGUGGCCUGGGCCCGCAGCACGUGCGGCACAGCCACCACCGCGCUUCGCGGCACCACGGCUCGCCGGCGCAGCUGUCGAGCCUUUGGGGCAGCACGGAGAACCUGAUUGCCUCGCUCUCCCUGUCGGAGCAGCAGCAGCAGCGGCUCUGCCACCACGGCGCCAAGCGCCGCGGCCACGGCCGCAGCCUCAGCCACCGCACUGCGACGGCGUCAGAGGCACCUGCUGACCCGAUGGCGGUGGACGCGCAGGCCUGUAACCAGCAGCAGGAGCCGCAGCAGCAGGACUCACAGGUUCUGCUGGAGCCCCUGCCUGCGAGCCUCGCUUCCGCCUACUGGAGCGCGGGCGCCGCGGCCGGCGGCUGCAGCUCUGCCAGUGCCUGCAUCCAGCUCUCGCACGCACAAGCGCUGCUAGCGCUAGCCCCGGCAGCGGUGUUGGCGUUGCCCCAGGCCCCACAUGCGGCGUCUGGGCACUGGGCGCCCUACGGCUCCGCGCCUGCGCGCGGCUCCGCAGGCUUUCUCAGCAGCGCCAUCAUGUGAGCUGCGCGAGUGCCCGGCUGCGAGCAAUUAUGCACAGUGCUGUGUGCGCGGAACAGGGUUUGGGAGCCUAAAGGGGUGGCAGAUUACAGCUUUUUCGACGUUCUUGUGUGAUUGAGUUUGCAGCUUUGCACGGAUGGCUGUCUUGCAGACAGCACAGAACUGACAUGUUUGUGUACCUCAGUAUGCAUGCCAGGGUUUGAAGGGCCUCUCGAGCAUACAAAAUCUUCAGCCCGACAGGGAGAUGGAUAAAGUACCAGUUGCAACCGUGGUGAUUGUGGUUUGGUUGGCGUCCGUUCGUGCCCUUUCUCACGUGCAAAUGUGAUAAAUGACUGCACGAGGGUUUGCUUGGCAUGCAGGGCAGGGUAAUCGUGAAUCCGAAGGAUCGCCGAUUGCAACGUGUGUGGUUUAUCGGAGGAGAGAGCAGUUCGUGGGCGCAGAACGCGCGCCCGUAUGAUAUAGACGAGCUUGCAACGCUCCGUGGUAGCGUCAGGUGUGCGUGUGUGUGUCGCGUGUCCGUCUCCCUUGCGGGAGACGGAGCAGCAGACAGGAGCGCGCGAGAGUGUGUGCGUGACGGGGGAGAGAACAAGGCGUCGUGCCUCUAGGUUCGCUUAUAUCAAAGGAGAACGAGGGAGCUGAGUUCAUCGCCUCGGGUCUGCAUUCGUCCACAAUCGACACAAGAGUGAUUAAGCGGUGGGCGGCGAUGGCUUGACAGGCACUUCACUGGGCCCCAGGCGCUUCCAUUCGCGAAAGUUCCGAGUGGAUUGAGCAUUGUUUCUGAUACGUCAUGCGUGUGCGUAUGCGUGUGCAAGGUUUGGCAACGAGGGGCCAAUGCGAGAGGGUGCGUGUUUAGGGAUUUACGAAGAAGCGGGGCCGGGACUCUGCAACGCUCACCCUGCGGUGAAUAGGGUUCGGCGCCAUUCGCCGCUGGAUGUGUGCAUAUGUGCGCGGCGGGUGGUAGGCGACAGGGCCUACAGGGGCCUACACGCAGUUUGCGCGCAAAGCCAGCCGUCAGCAGCCGAAGCGCAGUAACAAAUAACAAACACAACGAGAGGUAGACGUGAGUGAAAUUCGGCCCUCGUCGGGUGCGAAUGCAGGGUUGGCGCUGGCAUCAACGAUUGAGGUAACUGGGUUGCCAGGGAUGAUUGACUGUUGUAGGUUUAGGGGGAUGGUGGUCACGUACCGCAUACUUGGUGUCGCAACGAUGUGUUUGUGCCGUGGGAUGACGAUACAGACGACCAACAGGAAUAGGCGUAGAUACUGCAGGCGGAUUGAGUACAUGGUGGGUUCCGCGUGGGUAGGUCAGUGCUAGGUGUGUAUGAGUGCCGGUAUGCUUCCGCCCGUGUGGCCUCAGCGCACUAAUACCUGACCGUGGCAGAUGGAUUGGCAAAGCUGAGACCAAAGGCUCUUGCCAACAGAUUAGCAAAAAGACAGACACUGCAUGUUUGUACGUACCGUUGUGGCUGCAUUGAUCACUGUGGGCGGAGGCUGACUCCUUCUGGCAUGGAAGCAUUCAAUGUCAAGAAGGCGCGUCAUUAGUAAGCCUGUAAAGGCCAUACGCAAUUGAGACUGUAACAUUGUGUUCAU